GGCAUUGCAAGAAAACAAAUUUAAUCUUUAUUAUAAAUUUCAUAUUAAAAUAACGCGCAGCACAAAAAGUGAAACAUGUCCUUUAUGAAUCCAGUGGAUAUGGUGGACGAGGACGCUGCGGACUUGCAGUUUCCAAAAGAGAAACCUAAAGCUUUGCAGAUCCAGCGCACACCCAUUAAAUAUUCCCUCGCACGUAGCGAUGAGAAAACCAAGCGUUUAACAGUCUUUUACAAUGCAAACGCAUUUCACAGUCGUUUGGAGGAAAUAGCCGCUGUUGACGAGACAAGCACAUCAAAUAAUUGCUUAAAUCCAAGGCAAUCUGCCGAGACGACAUGUGCGAUGUGUCGUUGUGGCAUCGUGGAGCCAUACAUCAAGUGUUACGAGUGCCUCGACGUGCUGCUCUGCUUGCCGUGCUUUGCACGAGGUCGCCAAAUGGGCGCCCAUCGCAACAGCCACGCCUAUAUCAUAGUACGCGAUGAUAUUCAGGUAUUUGCCAGCGAGCCUGGCUGGACGUCACGGGAUGAGCGCACUCUGCUCCAAGCACUGCGCACACACGGCUACGGCAACUGGACGGCUGUGGCAGGUGCACUCGAUGGACGCAGGCAUGGUCCAGAGGAGAUACAGCGACACUAUCACGACUGCUACUUCGGUGGCAUCUUUGAGCGCUUGCUGGGAUUGCAGCAUGCGCGAAAUUGCUACCUGCCGGAGCGUAUGCCAUAUGUGUUCAAGAUGAGAUCUUUGGAGCCGCCCCGACACGAUGAUAUUGCCUCUAUACAAUUUAAGAUUAAUGCCGGCUACAGAUGCGCCCGUGGCGACUUUGACACACCCUACGACGCCUCCGCCGAGGGUCUGCUAACUGUGAUGCUCGAGCAGCAACGUGUGCUCGCCGAUGAUGAACUGGAAAUUACAGCGUCAGACAAGGAAGUAGUCGAGGAGCUGCAAUGUGCACUCGUCCAUGCCUACAACAAUCGCUUGAGGGAACGGCAGCGACGUUACAGCAUCAUGCGUAAGCAUGGCCUCAUCAUGCCCAAUCGCACAGUUAGCUGGAUAACGAAAUAUGUGAAUGCCUUUCGCAGCGAUGCGAGCUGCAUGCGGUUCCUCGCCCUCAUGCAGGUCUGCCAGCCCAUUGAUUUUGACAAGCUGGUCGAGUCGCUGCACUACUAUCGCCAGCUGCAGAAUCGCCUGAACUGGCUACAUGAUCUUCGCCAGCACGGUGUGCGCACGCUCCAUGGUGGCGCACUCUAUGCUCGUCUCCACAAGCAGCGCCAGCAGGCACAGCGGGAUUAUAUGCGUCAGCGGCAGAACGAUGCCCAGGACUGGCAACAAUUGGUGCACCACUAUGAACACAAUCAAAAUGCCGAGCUGCCACUGGGCAGCAGCUCCAGGAUGUAUAUGUUUUAUCCACGUCGCAAGGCGAGUCCCAUCGAAAUUUCUGAUCUGCCUGGUUACUCCAAACUGGAGGCUGGAGAGCGGACACUUUGCAGCGUCGAACGUCUGAUACCGCAGGCUUAUUUGGAGUAUAAAAACCAGCUGAUUGCGGAGCAGUCAAAACUGGGCCAUCUGCGUUUGGCCGACGCGCGGCGACUCAUCAAGAUCGAUGUGAACAAAACGCGCCGGAUUUAUGAUUUCUUGGUGAAAAAUGGCCACAUUCGACCGCAGACUUUUGGCUAAACCAAAGCUUUACUUUGUUUGUUUCACUUAGUUCGAAAGUGCCGAAACGUUGCUUAUAUCGGAGGUGCAUAUGCUGCUUGAUCAUCGC